CCUUUUUUUCCCUUCCCCACUUCGUGAUAGUAACUCCUUCCCAGGAUCCCCUAGCGUAUCUCCGGCCGACGCAACUCCCGCCUCACCGCUGCUUUGCUCCCCACCGCUAGCCCAGCGUGCCCGCCAUGGCCUCAUCCUAUCGCCCGUCCUCGUCCUCUUCUUCUCGCUUUGCACCCCCGGAUUCUGGGCUUUCUGCUCUCCCGAAGCCUCUGUCCUCAGGCUUCAUCACCACCAUUCCAUCUCGUCCCAUCCUCUCUUAUUUGUUUUUUUGUACCACUUUGUCUGUCUCCGUCUAUCGCUUGCUGCUAUUCUUUUUUCCUUUCUUUUUUUUCUGUGAAAUUCUCCCAUCCUUUCCCCAUUUCAUGCAAUUUCCUUUCCUUCCCAUAGUCCCGUCGGCAUAGUGGCAGCAUCAUGUCGAACGUCGAUUUAUCCAACGACGGCUUCAUUGGCCUAGACUACGACUCGAGGACUUACCUCCCAGCGCCGCCGUGGUCCGUGGCGGUGGACCACCAGGCCUCGCAGCGAUCGGAUGGAGCGCGAGACAUCUCGCCCUUGCAAACCAGCGGUCACGCUUACGAUCACUCGGUAGCUCAGGAUCCUAACUUGAUGGUGGACUGGCACUUUCAGCACUUGCAACCCCACCUCCAAUACACCCAUGAGGAGCCCUCCUCCGCUCCCCAGUUCACCACCGCUAGCUAUGGCAUGUCCCUCCACUCCUCGCCCGUGGAUCUCAUGUCUGGCGCCCACGCGCACAUGAGCACGAGCCUGCUGGACGGCCCAUAUCUGCCCUUGUCCGCGCCCGUCGACAUGGUCCCGUUUCCUUACCAUGACCUCCAGACCGAUCUCAUGGCGUUUCCCCAACCCGAUGGAUUGCCCGAUAUGUCGGCCUACAGCGCACCGCACCAUGUGAUUGAGAGCAGCUCCCCGACCGACACGUAUCUGGAGGUCCGAUCCCUGACUAGCUCGAGUAGCGACAAUGGCUGGAACACCAUUGAACCCCGUCGCUCCCAUGAGUUUUCGUUCCCGGACCAGGGGAUCUUUAUCAAUCCCACCCAGACGCUGCACGAUCGCAGUCUGUCGGAAUCCUCUUAUUCUACCUCCUAUGGCAGCUUCGUGGAGAUCACAAAUCCGAUCAACUCCCCCAGCUCGGACAGCAACUUCGAUACCGCGUUCAACCACAGCAUGACCCGUCGGAUUUCCUACGACCACACGUCGCACGGGUCGCAGUCUCCCACUGCGGUCAGCCCUGUGGCCAUCGUCCGGCCCAUUCCCGUGCCCAAGAAGGCCUCGUCCCCGCCGAGUCGGUCCGCGGCGUCCACCUCGGCGUCGCCUCCGAGCCGGAAGCCAUCCCGCAAGAGUCCGAUUGCCGCCAAGACGGCCGAGACCAAGGUUCGCAAGCAGACGCAGAAUGGCAAGCCGGAAACCGAGAAGCGUGUGGGUAAGCGCAAGGGACCGCUCAAGCCGGACCAGCGGAAGCAAGCCAGUGAGAUCCGGAAGCUGCGGGCAUGCCUGCGCUGCAAGUUCUUGAAGAAGACGUGCGACAAAGGAGAGCCCUGUGCGGGCUGCCAACCAUCGCAUGCGCGUUUGUGGCAGGUGCCCUGCACGCGGAUUGAUAUCAAGGAGAUUGGCUAUUUCAUGAAGGACUGGAAGGCAGACUACGAACGCCAUAUCGCUCUUGGGUUUACGGUGGGCAACAUCAAGGGAUUUUCGGAGCAGGAGACGACGCUAUUCAUCACGCAUGGGUACGGGCAGGUCCUCCCGAUUAAUGCCCGCGAGGUGUAUGUGCGCGACGAGCAAUGCUUUACUGUCGACUGGGUCGAGUCGAUGCACCGGGAGCCGACGCCAUACGAGGUGGAAACCGCCAAGCUGUCCGCUGGAAUGGAGGGAAUCUCGCAUGCGAUGCUAUCGGAUUAUCUGGACCGCCAUAUUGAUGGUAACGGCACGUUUGAGAAGUUUGUCGACGACUACUUUGAGGGCACGCCGUUCCUGACGCAGAUGCUGAAGACGGCCUUCCGGUAUUACUUCCGCACAAAGCUGCCGGUGAUCCGGAAGGUACUGAAGCUGGUGCUGGCCUACAACCUGACGCUGCACGUCACGAUGGUGGAGGGUCUGGGUGAGGAGGAGCAGUUCCUUGGCAAGAUCAACGACCAGUCGUCCAAGUUCAAGGGCAAGACGAUAGCGCCGGUGAUGAUCAACUUCCAGGUGAAGUGUGCAAUGGCGAACAUGUGGCGCGAGCUGCAAAAGGAUGUCCUGGAAGAGCUGUCCGCUCUGUAUUCCAGUGUGUACAGCGGUGACAAGCUCAAGAACUGGCCGACCAUUUUCAUUCUGGCGUCGAUUCUGUUGGCCGUGUGGGAGGAGAUGCAGUUUGACUGCCAUUACCGCGUUCCGGAUGCUGCUGCUGUGGACAAGUUCUGCAACGACAUGGAGACGACGCCGGUGGGCGUGAUCGUCGGGCUGUUCCAGGCGAUCUCGCAGAAACUGCCGGCAUUCACGGACUGGGAAACCCAAAAACACCACCACCUGCUGCACUCGAAUCCGGACGUGUGCAACACGAUGACCGAGGUGCGGCAGCAUGUGACGCAAUUCGAGAGCUACCUGCGGGGCCGCUCCGGUUCCAAGUUCAACCGCGAUGACUUUGAUUGUUUAUCGAACAAAUUCGUAUCCCGGCUGGUGAUUCGCGCCAACUAGUUACGUACGGCAGUGCCGAUUAUGAUGAUGACUUCGCUUUAUGUCAUUACGAAGUCUUAGCCUGUUUAUUUUGUGGUAUACCUUUCUCGCCCUUUUACAUAGCGAUGAUGAGGAUACGAUGUCAUGAUAUGUACGGUCACGAAUGAUGCAGUUGUGUCUGUGUGUCCAUGAUUAGGAUGAUUGCGAUUUCUAGCGUUGUUAAUAGGAUCUCGGAUAUGUAGCCGCCUAGCAUUACUCCGUAUUCCGUAGUAGAAUCCUAGAAUGGAAUGGAGCACAAUCCGGGGUGAUUACCUAAUGACCC